CGCUCGUUUCCGUCGCUCCACCUCUUCGCGGCUUCCGAAAAUGGCCGCCAUAGGGAACGUUCGCUGCCUCAAGUGAGCGACAUCGCGUGCGAAUAUGUGUGAUUCAGAUACGUUUUUCUUCAUCACCAGAACAAACCAUGAAGUGCAAGGUGACAAGCUCGGUCAGCCAUGCUAAGCCAAACAAAAAUGAAGCUAAUGUGCUGCGUAGGUCCUCUAGACGAGCAACCAUUGAGAGAAGAGUUUGGGCUGUACCAAAGAAGCCCAGCAAACCUGGCACAAGUGCCAAAGGAAAGUGUGCUCCUAAGACCGACAAGAAAGGUAGAAAGACUCAAACUCAAACCAAAGUGCAAAUUAAGAAUCUGAGCAAGGGUCACCCUCAGCAGAACAUCAAGAGAGUGCAUAGUGCUACGGAGGAAUCUGGAAAUUCCAGGAGAAAGAUUAAGAAAACAGAGGGCACAAAAGAUGUUGGGACUGAUGGAAGUGGCACAAGUGAAGUGCCUUCAGAACCUGUUAGUAAAAGAGGAAAGAAGUUAAGUGGAGAUCACAGUGAGAAGAACCUUGAAAGUGAUGAUGGGGCAGACUUUCGCUCCCAGAAAAGAUGGGGUUAUACAGAAAGUAGCUUGGAUGGUCAAAGUGUAGACACUCCACGAAACACCAGGUCUGAAGGGAAAGUGAAUACUUCUAGAAGGACAGAGUGGUGUGGGGGUACUUCGUCAGAGAGUACUAGAGGGAAUAGCUUAGAUGCUCUGUGUUAUGCUGUUGAGAAAUAUGGUGGGCGAGAUGUGGAGGAAACAUUGUUAACAGAUGAUGUUUGUCUUCACAAAGUUGUCAUUGAAGAAGUAGUAACUGACUACAGGAUAUCCGAAUCAAACUGUGAUGUAAAAGAUUUGGAUGUUGAACACAAAGUCAGGGAGGAUAUUGGUCACAAAGAUGAGUACAGAGAUGCUGUGGAUAUAUUAGACCAUUUUCAUAGUAAAACAGAGGAGUGUGAUAAAGGAAAUAGUGAGAAGUUGUUAAUGAAAAAAAAGGAGAGUAUAGAUGUAGUGAAAGUUAAGUCCCCUGUUUUGGAGGUGAAGGAAAAUUCUUCAGAUGGAACAAGUAUAGAAAGCAUAUUUGGUGAAGAAGGGGUGCAUGAAGUGAAAGACACACUUGUCAAAGAUGAGCUGAAUGAAGGGGAGAGUUGUACAUCAGUCCAAGAAGGAUUGAGUAAUGUGAAGGACCUUAGUUGCAUUGAGGAUAGGUUACAAAGACAAGAAAAGCUUUGUGUUGUUAGAGAUAAAUUGCAAGAAGGAAGAAGCAGUACUGUUAAAGAUGUGAAAAGUGAAGGGAAGAACUUGUGCUCUGCAAUAGAUGAACUUUGUGGAGUUCAUUCUUGUGAGGACAGACUGGAUGAAAGCAUUUCAAGAGUUAAGGAAUUGGCAAAGGAUCAGUGUGCUUCUGUGAAAGUGAAAUCAGGGAAGCAUGGGAAAGAAACAAAGGAAAAACAGAGUGAAAACACAUGCAAUAUUGAUGUUGAUGAAGAAAAGAAGAGAAUAAAAGAUGGCACUGAUAGUGAAAACACAGAGGAGCAAGAGAGUGACAGUGGUGUGGAGGUUAAGACUGCAUCCAACAUUCCCUUCAAAAAUGAAGGUAUGGUGGUGGUUCCAACAAACACAGAGGCUUCAGCAGGAGAAGAUUCUGAAGAAGAUCAUGUGUCGCUGGCUCUGGCUCUGGCACAGCUGGUCAAUUCAGAAUGUGGGGGAGAAGUUGAAGGUGCUGAGACUGUCACCAUACAUUCUGCCUCAUCUGUGGAUCACUUAGAAGAUGAAGCUGGAGUUGUUACCCUUGGAUGUAAAUCAGAAGAGGUGGACAGAACAGAAUCACCAUGUCCAGCAGAGGAAGAUGAUAUGGAAGAGGAGGAGGAGGAGGAGGAAGGUGAACUUAUCAUUAAAGAGGAGGACGAGGAUGAAGUAGGUGAUGAGUCUGAGGAGGAAGAAUUCAUCACAGAACUCAAGCAGAAUAACAAGGAAGAAGAUGAUAGUCGAGAAGAAACUGAAAGCAAAGAUCUGCUUCCUGUGACUGUGCCAGAAAGGGUAACAGACCAGCUGGACUGCUUGGUGGAGAUGGGUGGGGAAGAAGAGGAUAAAAAUGCACGAUCCAGAAGUGGAUCGCCUCCACCACAGCCACCACCACAGAAGUCUAGGAAACAGCUCCCUCCACUCAUCAAAAUCAGCUCUCGACCCCCAGCAAUCAAGACUCCAUUGAAGUGUCCAGAAUGUCCCAUGCAGUUUUGCACUGUGCGAUCAUUAUUAUGGCAUUUUGGAACUCAUGGAGCAAGAUCAAGAGACACCUGCAUUCCUCCAAUCCUUCUGCAAGAUCUGAUUGUUCCAUGGGACAAGCCCACAGUUUCUGUUUUCAUCUCACAACCUACAGAAAGUGCCACAGCAACACCCACAUCAUCAGUUGCAGACAAUGCAAUCAAGAUUGAUGUAGUAAGCAAGCCAGAUGUACCAUCGACAAUACAGCUGGUUAGAACAGAAGAUUACAUGGGAAACAAUGGAGACGUUAUUCUGAAAGUACCAAUUCCCAGACUGAAACCCAAGUCUCAUUCAAAUCAGUAUGUCAAAAAAGAUAAGUUUGUAAACAUACUACCAAAGAUACCUACAGGUGAUGGGCAAGUGUCAGGUCAGUCCGCCCAAGCUAGCCCUCAGCCAGCACUGAUCCGGCCAUCUGGAUCACCUACUCCACAGAUCACUGUUCAUCCUCAGCCAGCAGUUCAGUCCACAGUGAGUAUAUCUUCAGAUCAGGCAUCAACAACUCAGUCUCAGGUUCCAAAGAUCACCAUUAGGGCAAGUAAUAAACUUCAGAUUCAGCCAUUGGCAUCAUCACAGUCUACAGUGCAAGUGCAGUCACCAUCAACGGUUCAGGUACAGCCUCCAUCAUUACAAGUACAGCCUCAGUCUGCAGUACAAUUACAGCAAUCAACAGUGCAAGUUCAGCCCCAGUCUGGGACACAGUUGCAGCAGCCAUCUGCAGUUACAGUACAGUCACAGUCUGCCUUGCAGGUGCAAACUCCAACAGGAGUGCAAGUCCAGCCAUCACCUGCACUGCAAGUUCAGCCCAUUGUAACAACUAGUAAGGGUUCUUCUGCUGCUCCUAGUCAUAUAACUUUAAUCCCUAUGGACAAGUUAACUGCAGUAGGUCAGACCAUUAAUCCAAGGGGAUCUAAGCUUAACCCAGCUCCCUUGAGAAUGGUAGCCCCCUCAACAAUGCCUGUCAAAUCGUCAAACACAGUGGACAAUGUGCUGGAGAAGGAUGGCUUGGUUAUGAUCAACUCAAACCUUGCUCUUCGCAUAGUAUCAUCCUUGCCCAGCAGUUUGGACAGUGCGACUAACACAACAAAUACCACCACACUUAGACCAAUAGCUAGUCAAUCCACAAACAACCUGACUAUUGUGCCACAGACAGAAAGCAACAAGCUAAUCAACUCCUCUAAAAUAGACACUGUAAAAAGUCCUGACAUUCUUACAAUUGUUCCUCAAGUUGAUUUGAAUAAAAAAGUUUCGUUGUUAAAAUCUGGGAGUUCAAUGUCUGGCGGACAAGUUGCUAGUGCAUCACCAAAACAGCCAUCAACAGCCCAGUCCCAGGUUGUAAAGCUGUAUCUCCUUCAACCCAAAGAUCCAAAAGCAAAUGGAGGUUCAAUAAAAUCAGGCAUUACAUCAGAAGCAAGUAAUGUUAAUGGAAUAGAAAUACCGCUUCCUCUACCUAAUGGAAAUGAAAAGCUCAACUAUAGAGAAGUAGAGGUGAAAGAUAAUACAUCAGAAUCAUCAGAAGGAGAGGAGGAGGAGGAGGAGGAGGAGGAGGAGGAUGAAGAUGAUGAUGAUGAAGGAAUGGUAAUUGAUGAUGGCAAGGAAGGAGAGGAUGAUGUAAUGGAUCCCCUGAGUUUAUGUGCUGUGACAAUGGAAGAUGAAAAUCUAGAAGCUUUAAACAAUGCAAGCCAAACUACCCAGUCUGGUGGGUCCUCGCCUGCCACAUCACCUGAUAAGGUUAUCAUAAAAAAGUUGCCAGUAAGGCCCAAAGGCAAAAAUGGACAAGCUGUUGAUAUUGUUAAAUAUGAGGCCCGAAAGUAUGUGUGUUGCUAUUGUAACAGGAGAUUUGGAUGGUCAACUGAUCUCAAGCGCCAUGUUAUCCUCCACACUGGUGAGAAACCUUUCCAGUGUAAAGUGUGCCCAACAGCAUUUACCAGAAAGUUCCUUUUACAGAAUCAUAUGAAGAGAAUGCACCCAGACAAGUGUAAGAUGUCAGACCUGUGGCCUUAGGAAAGUUUAGGCUGUUAUGGUCUUUAGCUUGUUAUAAUAUAGCCAGUAGAUGAGUGAUUUUUAUAAUGAGUUGCACAGACAACAUAGUUGUUGAUAUUGGUGCUGAAAAAAGAGAAAGAUUAAUAUUCAAGUACACAAAUUGCCAUGAUGUACACCUUUGGGAGUUCAUGCAUGUGGAUGCUUGGACACUAGUCAACAUAUCCUUUUAAAGUCAAAAGAAUUAUAUCAUACUUUUCAGAUUUCUAAAAUAUAGAAGAUGUAUUAUUAGUAAAGCAUUUGUAACAGGUCCUAUUAGGGAAUCCUUUCUUGAGUGUUCUUUGUCCCUUGCAAAGUAAAAUAUUUUUGUUUUAGGAUAAUGAAGAUAUAGAAAUUAUUGAAGAGGUCAUGCCUUUUUUUUUAUUAGCUUACAAAAAAUAUGCUAAUUGAGAGUAUGACUUUAUUAUGUUUUGGGGAGAAAUACUUUCAAUUUUUCUGACUUGGUUUUCUGCUCACAUAGCUCUUGAGAAAUCUAUAUUUUUCCACAUACAAUCUUGAACCAUGGAUGGCAUUUGUCUAAGGAAAUUAAGGAAAAAGAUGGGGUUGUACUAUAUAAACUGAUGGACAUAUUCAUUUUUUUAUGAUUACUUAUAUUCCAAUCUUAUUUUGUAGAUUUAUCAUGUUAAUUUGUCUUUCUUUCUUUCUUUUUUUGAGUUUUGCAAGGUACCAAAGAUAAUUACAUUCAUAAGGCAAGGAAAAAGGAAUGAAUAUGAAGAUUGAUAACAAUGAUGUAAUUAUUGUUUUUUAUUAUUUUCAUUAUAAUGAUUAUGUAAAAGUGCUUUAGAUGUAUAGUUUGCUGUUUAUUUUAACUUUUAUUAUUAUCUGUAGAUAAUUGAUAUUAUCUGAUUUAUUCAUACAUUUUUGUUCUUUAAAAUUUGCCUUAUUUUGUUAUGUAUUCAAUAGUGCAGAAAAAUAUUUGUAAUUUUAGUAUACAGAAUAUUGUGCUCCCAUUUCUAUGCAGUGUAGCUGUAUUGCCUGUUGUUACUCUUCAUUUGCAGGAAGGACGAGUUUGGAUGUAAGUAAAUCUAGAGCACAUACUGGAAAGCUUUGUCGUCCAUUCAGUUGUUGGUUUCAUAAGCAUUGUACAAAGUUGGACCAUGUAUUUGAGAUACAAACAGAAAACGAAAUUGAAUUACAAUUUCAGUUGUUGCCAGUGCCAUAUAGAUACUAGGAUGAUCAAAGAUGCAGUGACAAUGUUUAUAAGUUCCUUCUUUUGUGAAGUGAGCUGCUAAUAACACUUCUGGGUACAUUUGCCAUGACAGGCCUAUUAUCUGGGGUGUACUUACAGGAGUUUGGUGUGCUUGCAAAAAUUGUAUGAACAAGAAUCUACAGUAUGUAUGAACAAGAAUUUUCUGUAC